CGCCUCCAAACGACCCGAAGAGUGUGCCUGGCAAUGCAGCAGAGGAGCAAGGCGAAGGAACUAGUAUCCUCGGUUUGGUCCCACACCAAAUUCGCGGAUACCUCGGACAGUUCAGGAACCUUUUAGUAACGGGACAACAGUUCGAAAGGUGCACUGGCUGCAGCGAAAAGGUUAUUCAAGCUUACGAGGCGGAGGGAUUCCCGAUGCUCCUCCGCGCAUUCAACGAGGAAAAGUACCUGGAACAAUUGACCGGAUUGGACAAGCUUUACGAGGAGAGCGAGGCCGCGUUGGCGUCCGCGGACUGGGCAGAGGGUGGUGGCAAUUCUGAUGAAGAUGAUUUCUGA